CGCUUGGCGCGACAGGUUCAGUGCUCGGGCAACUUCCUAGCGCGUCGGUUCAGUUCAGUCCAGUGGAUUCGAGACACGAAAGGACUCAGUUUCAAACUAAAAAUUCCAAAGUUUCGAAAAAGGGUUUCGAGUGGCGCGAAACAACAACGAGUGAUACAAUUACUCUAGCUGAAAGUCAAGAGAAGAGUUUUUGACAAGUGUUAGUUGAUUAUUUUCCAAGUUUUUUUUUUUAGUGUUGGCCAGUGCUUUGGACCAGUUUCGAAGCUUCGCUUGUUUUUCGAACAAGCUACUCUGUCUCAGACUCUGACGUAGCUUUCGAGACUUUGAAAGGAUAUUUAAAUGUCGGCUUGUUGGGUCCAAGCGAAACAAGUUAUGUACGUAUGAAUAGCAUCCCCAUCAGAGUAAAUACAUGAAAAGUCAUGCCAAUGGAAGCUAGGACAGUAUUAUGAUGAACUUGCUGGUGGUGAAGGAGAGCGGCGAGCGGAUCGCCGACAUCAGCUGUAGCCAGGAGCAUACUACCCAAUAUUCACCAAAACUGUCCCAAGUAGCCAAACAUCGCAAGCUGGCGCAGCUCGAGAUUGCAUCAGGAUCGGGAUUGUUGGGAUCAGGAACGGGAACCGGAACCGGAAGUGGGUGCGGUCCAGCUAUUCGGUGGCAGCUACUGCUACUGCUUCUGCUCUGUAACUGCAUUGAUCUUACCGUUUCGAACAAAAUCUCCUCAGUGGGCGCCUUCGAGCCGGACUUUGUGAUUCCGCUGGAGAACGUGACCAUCGCCCAAGGUCGGGACGCGACCUUCACGUGCGUGGUGAACAAUCUCGGGGGUCAUCGGAAUAAUGACUUGGGAAUUCUAAGCCGCGAAGACACCAUUCGGAAAUGGAAAAAAUUCGUACAGGUCGCCUGGAUUAAGGCCGAUGCCAAGGCAAUUCUGGCCAUUCACGAGCACGUGAUAACCAACAAUGAUCGAUUAUCGGUGCAGCACAACGACUACAACACAUGGACGCUCAACAUACGCGGCGUCAAAAUGGAGGACGCCGGCAAAUACAUGUGUCAGGUCAACACGGAUCCCAUGAAGAUGCAGACGGCCACCUUGGAAGUGGUCAUCCCACCGGACAUUAUAAACGAAGAGACCUCCGGAGACAUGAUGGUCCCAGAGGGCGGAUCCGCCAAGCUCGUUUGCCGAGCACGUGGUCAUCCGAAGCCGAAGAUCACGUGGCGACGCGAAGAUGGCAGGGAGAUUAUUGCCCGCAACGGCUCGCACCAGAAAACCAAAGCACAAUCGGUGGAGGGCGAAAUGCUGACGCUGUCGAAGAUCACGCGAUCGGAAAUGGGCGCCUACAUGUGCAUUGCCUCCAACGGAGUGCCGCCGACGGUGAGCAAGCGGAUGAAGCUACAGGUGCACUUUCAUCCGCUGGUGCAAGUGCCAAAUCAAUUGGUCGGCGCCCCGGUCCUUACGGAUGUCACAUUAAUUUGCAAUGUCGAGGCAUCGCCGAAGGCCAUCAAUUAUUGGCAGCGCGAGAAUGGUGAAAUGAUUAUUGCCGGCGAUCGUUACGCGCUCACCGAAAAGGAGAAUAAUAUGUAUGCCAUCGAGAUGAUUCUGCACAUCAAGCGGCUGCAGUCAAGCGAUUUCGGUGGCUACAAAUGUAUAUCGAAAAACAGCAUUGGCGACACCGAGGGCACCAUCCGUCUAUAUGAAAUGGAGCGUCCCGGGAAGAAAAUCCUUCGUGAUGAUGAUCUCAACGAAGUGUCGAAAAACGAGGUGGUGCAGAAGGACACGCGCAGCGAGGAUGGGUCACGCAACCUGAACGGCAGACUCUACAAGGACCGCGCUCCGGAUCAGCACCCGGCCAGCGGGAGUGACCCGCUGCUCGGACGCGGGACAAUGCGGCUAAUCGGGACAUUUCUAUUAGCCUUAUUGGUAUUAUUCACGGCGCUGGCCGAGGCCGGGCCAACAACAUUGUCCUGCCGCACAAAAGGCGGCAGACAAAAGAAGGCCAAGGAAACGAGCUGGAACGGGCGGCGGGGCAGGGACGGCAGAGAGGAUGGGCACGCGGCUGAGUGGAGACAGUGCUGGGAGAGAUCGGCGCUCAGUUGGAGGCGGUCAGCGCCUCCGGAGUUAGAUUAUUAUAGCUUAAUUCAAUUGUAAUUAUACAAACAAGAUUAUGAUGCAAGGGGCUCCUGCUCCCGAGUCCCGCUCCUGCCACACACACACACGCUCACACGGGCCAGGAAACGAAGGCAUUAAUCAAUGGGGAUGGCGGGGUCACCACCACUUCACUGGCUAAUCAUCUACGCCCAUGCUAAUUGCAAGGGGGGACGGGACAGGGCUAAUUGAAUGCAUAUUAAAUCAAAAGGAAGAGAGAAAACUAAAGUGUCGUAGUUAAGUGGAAAAGAAAACUCGUUUAAAUGUUACCUCGUUAGUGGAAAAUGAUGGCAAGGAAACCCCAGUCCCCCACAACUGGACGUCAACUAUAAACCAUAUUACGAUUAAAUGGUGUUCGGCUCUUUAAAUGGCUUUAGCUACUAUAAAGUAAACAAAAGUACGCCCGCAGAAGGAUAUUUGCGUACUAUAAAUAUUGAUUACGGUAAAGACAUUGAUACGGAUAUUUCUACAUGUCUAUAUAAUAAGUAACGUUUGCUUUCGUUCAACUAAGACCCUAAUUUGUUGAGUUCGUGUUUCUAGAUGAAAUAUAUACACGUAUACAUGAUUCUAUAUGUAUUAGGUGUUUAAUCAGAAGUUCUGUAUAUAUAUUUAAGGCGCCUGCUCAAAGAGAAGGACAUCCGCGGCUAAAGAAAUACGUUUAGACGAUCCUUGCAUAUCGUAAGCUGUAAAUAUUUACACCCUUAGUGAACCCGAGAAAGUUUCGUUGUUAUUAUGGUAAAAAUGGUUCUAUUUUGGAUCCCUUUGUUGUCACCUUCGUUCUCACGGCUCAAAAGACUAAUGCGGACCCUAGAUUUAAGCCAUAUUUGGAAUCCCAUAAGCAUAGUAUCCGCCAAUGGUGUGUGUGUGUGCGUGAUUUUAGCUUAGAAAAUUUAACACGACUAAUGUUCUUAUACUUUAAAAUAUCUACAACACUGGAAUGUUUUUUGAUUUCGGUGUGUUGAGUUGGAGUCUGGGCACUCUAAACUCGAUGCAUUGGGAAUUGCAUGUAUGGUAUAAAAAACGCAGUAACGUGCACACUUUCAGGCGACUUUAAAUUGUUUACUAUGUAGGAAAGCAUCAUUAUACUUUUGAAAAUUCUUGAUUGCUUGAAUGUAGAAAUUCAAAUAGUUCUUCAGACCUUAUUUUAUUUAUAAAGGAUAUUUGGGGUCCUUCAAUAUUAGAUUUGCGACAUACAUUUCCUAACGCCAGACUCACACACACACACUGAAACCAGCCGCGUACUUGUUUCCGUAUUACUCAUGUGUGCGUGUCCAGCUCAAUUCCAUGUUUAAAUAGAAUGUAAAGCAAGGGAAAGGAAAUCAGAAUAAACAGAAAUAAAUGUGCCAAAAGCAUUAAAAGCAACUCGAAUUAAAUCAGUGCGCGAGGCGAAGAAAAUAAGCAGAGGUAAUACCGAAUAAAAUGUGUGUGUUCAUAUCUGAAAUACAAAAUACAAAAUACAAGAUACAAAAUACAGUAAUACCCAGACAUAUGUAUAAUCCGCAUAUCCAACUCCGUUCCCCCAAAAUCCAGUUGGUAAGAAUUAUUUGAAGGCCGACUACUCAGAUGUACUCUGACUCAUAUAUACGUACCAAAAAGCAAAGGGAGGGAGUAUAAUACAUUUUAAAUUUAAUGGAGAUAUGAAUAAAGUAAAGUUAAUUAAAUAUAGGGAAUAUUUUUUUUUGCGGGUACGCGAGUAACGUAAUCGCCUAGCAAAUCAAAGUUACGUUUAACCUACACGUGUAAGGCAAGGAAAAUAAUGAUGAACUCAUCGAAAUGGAAUCCCACAGGCCAUCGCAUUGUUGAAAAAUGAUAACUACGAGUACAUUUAGUGGAAAUUGCGGGCGGGGAUGGCAGUCAAGGUAAACUAACCUAUAGUAAAACUUAAGAAUUAACGAACUAAGCCAGAAAACCAUUCAAGUCAUAAAGCAUUCAAUGUCUACGCUACAGCCAUACGAAAAUAAACCAUAAACGAGAAGAGUAUACAAAUAUUUGACAACUACAUAUGCAAUGAGAAUAUCCAACAAUUUCAAGAUGUAAACCCCAUGUAAAACAAAAACGAAAGUUUGCUGCGAAUUAAUGCGAAAUUCCAUGAUUCUUGAUUCAACAAAAUAACGUAAAGAUAAAAUAGCAUUUAGUUGGAUUUGUGUUUAUGUAUGUACAUAAGAAAUGAGCGAAAACAAAUGUUUGUACUGUAAAAUCUGAUUAUGAAACUGAAUAUUCAAAA